GAUCGACGCGUUCCCUUCCCGCGCGCGACGCGCUCGCCACUGGCACUGGCACUCACUUCGACUUGAACCACACUCGGAGCUGUCCUGGGCGAUUCCCUAGCUGGAAGACACCCAGCAAUGCCCAGGAAGUCCGAGACAAAGCGUCGUCGGAACAAAUCAACUGUGACCGUGGAGCCAAGGAACAGGUGCAAUGUACAGGUCUUUGACGGUUCGCCAACGGAGAAGAGUUCUUACGCAUGUAUAGGAUUGGGAGAUGCCACGGUGAGCUGUUGUGCUAGUUUGUUCAUAAGUGCCGUAGUAGAGACCGGUUCAGAAACGGGUUCGGAUACCGAGUCCGAGUCCGGGUCGGUAUCAGACGUAGACUCCGACUUGCUCGAGAAUGAAGAUGAUGGUACCAUUGUACGGGCCAAACAUGUGGCCUUCAAGCCGGGGGAUAGUGCUAUACUUGCGUCGAAACAUGACGGUACUACUAACGUCUGGGUCGGUAUCAUCACAGAUUUACGUGCAACCUCGUUGGACGAUGAUGACUAUGAGGUAUGGGCCAAGAUUCACUGGUGCUGGUCUGGCUCGGAUCUCAUGGAACUCAUCAAAUCCUUCACAUCCGAUUGGUGUACGUAUGAGAAAGCCGCAUCCCUACUUGCAGUGAAGUACUUGUAUGAAUGGGAUGAGGCAUGCUUGGACCCGCCCGAACUGCAGGCCGACACCUUGUAUGUAAGAUCAAUUUUGUCACACGCACGGAAGUUGGUGGACCCCAAACCUGGCUACAAAAUGUGCAUGCAAAGCCGGUGCAAUCAGAAUGGGUACAACCCGUUCCCGUCUCAUCUGGAUGAAGACCAGCUGGACGCCAUGGUAAUGCACUUCUGCCCUCGCUUGACCUGUCGGCAGUGGUAUCAUCAGAAGUGUCUCGUCCGCUGGAGCAAUGUCGAGCAUCCAGCAAAACGUUAUCUUGGUGACCGUGGUGUCCGACUGCUCGCAGUUGACCCGGAUGACGCCCAAGACUGUCCGCUCCUUGCAUACUAUACGGAUGGAGUCAAGAUGGACCCAGACGACGACGACGAGAUACGAGACGAUGGCAACUCUGAUUCUGGCACAACUCUUCCACUCCCGCUCGACGCUGUGCUCACGGAGAUGCUGCGGUCGGACAGCAUUGCGAAACUCCCUCCUGCACUGGUCCGUAUCGCCCAAUGCCCCAUCGUCCGCGGCCGGGUCCGGCGAGGAUGGCUGGACUCCUGCUGGGAAUGUGAAGAAGUCGCCCUUGCACGUCGACUGGUCUAUGCCGCUUUCGAACAAGACUAUAUUGAUGACACUUGGUCGACGCUGGACCCGCAGCAACUCUGCGACAAGAUCGGCACGAGCUUCCGUUAUGCGACACCAUACUUGCCAUACUGGCAGCGUCGCGAGGAAGAGCUAGAAGAUGAAGAUUGGAUGGACCAACCACCUGUGGUUUGUCCCAGUUGCAACGGUGCGAUCUGACAGUGUUAUAUAUGAUACGAACUUCGUUUCCGUCUUUCAAUGUUUUCUGGUGCUGUCUUGCUCUCCAUGCUAUUUGUUACCAAAGUCAAGCUAUCCAUACGUUCUGCACUGCUUUGUUACUCGUUUUGCACUGCUUUGUUUGCUCGUUUUACAUUGCUAUACUGGAGCUUUCUUCGUAGCUGAACCCUCC